AUGAAGAAGCUCUUUGGAAACGGAAAGAAAUCGGCAUCCGACAAGCACACUUCCUCUCCCAGUCUGGAAGACCUUCAAGCUGCCUACCGUUCUAGUCCAGAGCCCCCAUCACCGACCAAAUCUCACUCGCGCUCUCCCAAAAAGUCUUCUCGCUCGGAGCACCCGUCCCGCGAAUCAAAGUUGUCGCCGCGCAACCUACGCCAUUCGAGGCACGCCUCGGAUUUGAGCACCUCUUCGCGGCGCAGCAAACUCGACCCCGAUACCCAUCCUCUCAAUCUUCCACCAGAGGAGCGUAAACGCUUCUCUGCCCGCUCAUACACUACAAUGAGUGCAAUGGACAUUGAUCGCGAGCCCUUGAAUGGCCCCUCGACCCCUCCACCAAACCCUUCCGCCCAGACAAAUUUCUCCGUGCCUGUUCAAAACGGCGACAGCACCGAUGAGCCUCCUGCUCCCCCGCCGCACAGGUCUAACCCUUCUAGCCCGAGUGCCUCGCCGCUCGAAGAGGCUGAGGGCUGUAAAAAGCUCGGCAACCAGUUUUUCAAGGAGAGGAACUACGCCCAGGCCAUUGAACAUUACAGCAAAGCUGUGGACCUGGUUCCUGACUCUGCGACAUUCCUGAGCAACCGUGCUGCCGCUUACAUGUCCAAUGGACAAUAUCUUGCCGCUCUGGACGACUGCUCCCGCGCUGCCGACUUGGAUCCUCAGAACCCCAAAGUCCUUCUCCGUCUCGCCCGCAUUUUCACUGGUCUUGGUCGUCCUGAAGAAGCCAUGAUCACGUUUGGCAGAAUUGAGCCUCCCCCUUCCGCCAAAGAUACCGCUCCCGCCAAAGAGAUGUUGCAUCACAUCAGCUCAGCGAAGGAGUCUCUGGAGCGUGGCACUGCCAUGUCCAUGGUUCUUCAUGCACUGGAUCAGGCUGAGCGUGGCCUUGGACCUAACGUGAGCAAGCCGCGCAAGUGGCAGCUCAUGCGCGGUGAGGCCUACCUCAAGAUGGGCCGCGAAAACUCUCUCGGUGAGGCCCAAAACAUCGUCAUGUCCUUGCUGCGACAGAACAGUCAGGACCCAGAGGCCUUGGUCCUCCGAGGCCGUGUUCUUUACUACCAGGGGGAGAACGACAAGGCGAUGCAAUCGUUUCGUGCCGCCGUUAGCUGUGACCCCGAUUUCAAGGACGCCAUCAAGUGGCUGCGCAUCGUUCAGAAGCUAGACCGCAUGAAGGAGGAGGGCAACGUCGAGUUCAAGGCUGGCCGUCUCGAGAAUGCUAUCACAAAGUAUUCCGAAGCCCUUGAAGUCGACCCUUCCAACCGCGGAAUCAAUGCCAAGCUGCUACAAAACCGUGCUCAGUGUCGCAUCAAGUUGAAGCAAUACGAUGAAGCCAUCAAAGAUGCUGACCGCGCGUUCUCUCUCGACAACAGUUACUUCAAGGCGCGAAAGACCAAGGCCAACGCCCUGGGUCUCUCCGGCAAGUGGGAAGAUGCUGUCAAAGAGUGGAAGGCUCUCCAGCAAGAUGACCCCGAGGAUCGGACUAUUCCAAAGGAAGUUCGCAAGGCAGAGUUGGAAUUGAAAAAGAGUCAGCGCAAAGACUACUACAAGAUUAUGGGCCUUGAGAAGGACGCCAGCCCUGAUGAGAUCAAGAAGGCUUACCGCAAGAUGGCUGUUAAGCUACACCCUGACAAGAACCCCGGCGACGAGGAAGCCGAAGCCAAGUUCAAGGAUAUGCAAGAGGCUUACGAGACUCUGAGCGACCCUCAGAAGCGAGCAAGCUACGACAACGGUGACGAUCUUCUUGACCCGUCUGACAUGUUCGGCGGCGGCAUGGGUGGAGGCAUGGGAGGCAUGGGAGGCAUCGACCCCGAGAUCCUCUUCAGCAUGAUGGGCCAGCAGGGUGGCUUUGGUGGUGGCGGUUUCCCUGGUGGUGGCCGCGCCUUUCCUGGCGGUGCUGGAGGUUUCCCUGGUGGUGCUACCUUCAACUUUAGCACUGGCGGUGGCGGACGUCCCCAGCAGGGCUUCCCUGGUGACUAUAGCGAUGAGGAUGAUGACAGGAGGAGAGAGGAAGAUGAUGACGAUGAUGUUUUGUACGACGAAGAACCACAAGGACAAGGGCGUGACGAUACCCGCGGGCAUGGGGGCCAAGACAAAUUUGCCAACGUCUUUCAGCCCCGACGCCGACGUGCCAACGAGGAUAUGGUCGAAAGGAUUCGGACUUGUGGCAUCAUUGUUGUUGCCGCGCUGGUGCUUCUGCCUUGGCAGCUUGUCGCCGCCGGCCUCGCAGUCUCUGCGUUUGUCUAUGCGUGGAUGGAGUACAUUUGGUGGCCCUUUAUGCAGAGGCGAGCGGCUACCAAAUGA